CUAGUUGAAGAAUCCAUCCAUCUUCUCUCAUCCAUGCAGAAGCAAAGUAGCCAGAAGGGGAAGGAGCAAAGCAAGGAGAUAGACAUGACAGGAGAUCAUGCAAAGGAGGAAACCCUUCCACCAGGCUUUCGAUUCCAUCCCACUGAUGAAGAACUCAUCACUUACUAUCUCAUUAACAAGAUCUCUGAUCCUACUUUUACAGGAAAGGCUAUUGGUGAUGUUGAUCUCAACAAAUGCGAGCCAUGGGAACUUCCAGGGAAGGCGAAAAUGGGAGAAAAAGAGUGGUAUUUCUUCAGCCUUCGGGAUCGGAAAUACCCGACCGGCGUGAGGACAAACCGAGCGACAAACACAGGUUACUGGAAAACGACAGGGAAAGACAAGGAGAUCUUCAACAGCGAAACGUCGGAGUUGGUUGGGAUGAAGAAGACUUUGGUUUUCUAUAGAGGUAGAGCUCCAAGAGGAGAGAAAACUAACUGGGUCAUGCAUGAAUAUCGCAUCCACUCAAAAGCUGCCUUUAGAAAUACCAAGCAGGAUGAAUGGGUGGUUUGCCGAGUCUUCCAGAAGAGUGCUGGCGCAAAAAAGUUUCCCUCGAACCAACCAAGGGCAGUGCUGAAUCCCUACAACCUGGAAAUGGCUCCUACUCAUGUUGUACCAUCACCAAUGAUGCAGCUGGGAGAUCCUACUCAGUUCCAUGGUGGCCGGAAUUACAUGAGCAACGCAGAACUCGCGGAGCUUGCACGGGUUUUUCGAGGCGGUGGCGGCGGGUCGACGAGUGUCAACCACCUGCCAAUGCAACCCCAGAUGAGCUAUCCACUAGGAGGAGGAUGUUUCACAAUAUCAGGGCUAAAUUUGAAUCUAGGAGGGGCAGGGGCACCGCCAGUUUUACGAGGCAUGGCUCCGGCACCUCCUCAUCCGGCAGCAAUGCAUCCACAGGAUCAUGUCAAUUCCUCCAUGAUGACUGGAGAAACCUCAGGCUAUGGCACGGAAAUGAAUCAUGCAAACCCAGCUGGGAAUAGGUAUAUGGGCGUGGACCAUUGCAUGGAUCUUGAGAACUACUGGCCUCCCUAUUAAGGGGGAGAGAAUUCGGAGUGUAAAUCUAUUAUAAAUGUAGAAUAGAUAAGGUGGUCGCAGUCAUAGAGAUACUUUUGUUUCUGUUAAGGUAGUACAUUUUGAUGAUCCUUUUCGAUCACAUAAUUGUCGUGUUGAUUGGUAACAAACUUGCAAUCAAA